UCGAAAUCUGGUGGUUGGGGGAAAAUGGCUUCAGGUGGAGGAGAUGAUAAUAAUCAGGAUAUUCCGCCUAACGAGGACGAGAGAACUGUAUUCCAAGAUACUGAAGGGAUUUUCAGACAUUUUAUGUUCCAACGCUUUCAGGAUGAGACACAAAGAGGGGAAGAACAUGGUGAUAUGGAUAGUCCCUCGGCUAGCGCACGUCCCGACGCACUGGAAGAAUUGCGUUCUUGCAAUGAUAUCCAUCCAUUUUCACAGCAUGUACCGGUUAUUGGUAGACGCCUAGGAGAGAUAGGUGAUGAAAUAGAUGCUAAAUACAAAGAUCAAUUCAAGGAUAUGAUAGACUCAUUAAGCCUAACACCAGCAACGGCUUACGAGACAUUUGCCGCAGUCGCUCGGAGGUUGUUUCGUACGGGAAUAAAUUGGGGAAGAGUCGUUGCUCUACUUUGCUUUGGCUACGAAAUUGCUGUGACUGUCAUACGCAGAGGCUUUAGUGGAAGUUUUUUACGUAGAAUCAUACGUUUUGUGGUGGAUUUUAUCUUCAACGAGCGGAUUGCUCGCUGGAUUGCUCAGCAUGGAGGAUGGCAUUGAACCCUUUCACUCUCAAGAUCCCAGUGUUAAUUCUCUUUACUCUCUGUCAUGCAGUUCUUAUAAUGUAAGUUUGGAGAAUUUAGCAUUUGAUUGAGUACUCAUCCCCUACUUGACAUUUUUCUUUAUUCUUGUCACUCGACUGCUUGAUAUUGUAUUGAUAUUGUAAGGAGAAAUUCUGUGUUGGUCACUCAUGGAAGUUAAGCACUGUAAAGGGUUAAAUAGAGGCAUAGUGAGAAGCCCCAGUGAUCUUUGUGCAAUGAUUCAGGUGUGUUUUCCUUUAAACCCCUUUCAUUUAAGUGAUUAAUGAUUCAGGUGUGUAUUCGGAAAACUCAGAUUCUCAUAGGAAUUAAUUUGAACUUACCAUCUCCUUUUCUUUUUACCCCCCAUGCAUUGUAAAUAGGCUGAGUGGAACAACAAUCUUGCUUCUUGCUUUUGUACAAAUAGUUUUUCACCUCUUCAGUCACUAGCUUAAAGCUGUGCUCUUAGAAGCAUUACUUGGUACCUGUGCAAGGUAAUUUUGCAGAAACUAGGGGUGCCUAGAUCAUUUCCAUAAAAGCAAAGACAUACAAGUUGCCUAAAGGCAAACAUUAGUUGCCUAAAGGCAAACAUUAGUUGCCUGCAAGUAGCAUCCAAGUUAUGCAAUACCACUAUUGCAAUAGAUAGUGCUAGUUUAAUCUUAAUUGGUGUCCUUUUCAAAAGUGGGCUCAGUCACAUUGUGUUUGGAAUUUUUCCCAACCUGAAAGUUCAAACUGACAGAUCAAGUAAUGAAAGUUUGUAUUUGAUCAAUAGAGGCUGAGCUGAAACUAAGUGUCAGUGGUCUGAAGUCAGAUCAAAUGUCUCAAGAAAUCUUAACUAUGUGCUUGCCUAACAAAUUUUUCACCAAAUUUUAGUGAAAUGGGGGGCAAGAAAUAGAAGUAAUUUUUUGGUACCAACAACAUCAUUCCAAAAUAAUGACAUAGGAAAUUGUUUGUAGCCCAGUUGUUUGGGCUGAAACAACCCAAAAUUGUGACAGCCCACUUCAGGUUUUCAAUAUUUUUACUGAUGGUGCAUAUGAUUGAUCUACUAUACUCUUAAACUUUUCUUAGAAGGGAACUGCUGGACAGUGCUGAAUUACAAUGAUAUCAAGGAUGUUAAUGAUUUGUGAAAUUACUGCAAGGAUUUUUGUUGAAAGAAGAAACUGAUAAGUCGAUAACCUUGGUUGGUACUUUUGCAAAAUAACAUGAUUAUAUGAAAUGUUAAUUAUUUAUUGAAAGUCCUGAGCAAUAUGGAAAUUUUACUGUCUUAAGUUAAAAAUACUUGCACACCAGUUUGAGUGUCAGUUGAGAAGAAAGUGAAAUAUUAGGGCCUCAUUCAUAUCUGUUGUGCACUUUUCUGAAAAUUCUAAAAUUUCUAAACUCACAAGUUGAGCAGAUUUUGUUUUAACUGGUGUGAAAGAAAAUUUAAAAGCAACUCCAUCAGUAAGCAAAUGCAACAUUUUGCUCAGGCCAAAACAUUUCAGCAGCAGUCAAAACAAGCACUGAAAACAAAGAUCAAAAGCAAAAUGGGCAUCAUUUGUAAAGUUUGUUAUUCUUAAACUGUGAUUUUGAACUCCAAAACAAAUUAAAGUAUUAGAUUUAUUAAUUUUAAUUUUCAGUGUGUGAUUCAGGGGUGCAAUUUGUUCCUUGAAUUGUUUUGUAACUUAAAAUUAUGUAAGGUUGUAAAGUAUCAAAUAUUUUUUUCAUUUAAUUAAUUUUUAUUGUUUUCACUCUCUUUUUGCUUCUGCCAAUUAGGAAAGUAAGGUAGUUUGAGAAGCUCAAAGCUGACAAAGUUACUAUUGUUAUUAUCGAAUAAACCAUUGAUUUGUACUUGUCUUCAAAA